AUGGGUUUACUGUGGUGGCGAAAGGGGAAUAAACCCCAAACCCAGUCCGAAGCAAAGUCAUCUUCAUCGUCAUCAAUUCCCAAAUCGAACGGCCCAGACACAUCGAAACCCCUCACUGAGGCCCCAGGGAUGAACGGCGCCGUCGAGGUUCCCCGACCACCCAACACCACUGUGUCGGUUUUCGAGUUCGGCUCUGUCGCCGCCUCCAACGACAAGGUCACACUCGCCGGCUAUUGCCCCGUCUCCGAAGACCUUGAGCCCUGCCGCUGGGAGAUCCUCCCGGCGGUUCAGUCCAACGCACCUCAGUUUCGUGUAGUUUUCUGA